AUGUCCCAUGGGAUGUUGAAAUUGUUUGUUGUUGCUGCACUUGUGGUUUUUGCUGUCAUUCUACUGUUAUUUUCUGUUUUACCGAAUUCGACAGACGCAAUUGAGGAUAAAAAUCAAAUAGAAUGGAGUUAUUCAAUAGUAAUAGAUGCCGGUUCCACGGGAUCUCGUCUUUUUCUUUACAAAUACCGUUCUAUAAAUGAUCAGGAAUUAAUCGAUAUAAAACCAGUUGUGGAUAAUUUAUCGUUACGUCCUGUUGUGAAAAAGAUCACUCCUGGAUUAUCUUCAUUUCAAGAUAAACCUGAGGAUGCUGCCGAAUAUAUUAAGCCUCUUCUCGACUAUGCAAUUGAAUUUAUUCCGUUGAAUAAGCAUUCGUAUACAUCCCUCUUCAUAUUCGCGACAGCUGGAAUGCGUCUUCUUCCCGUAGAAAAACAAAAUGAAGUGUUACGAAAUCUACACCGAAAUCUGCCUUUUCAAACAAGCGUACAAAUCAUUCCAGACCAUAUUAAAGUUAUCGAAGGAAAAUGGGAGGGUAUUUAUUUCUGGAUUGCUGUGAAUUAUAUCCUUGGGCGGUUCACUCGUAAUAGAACGGAAUCUUCGCGGCAGCCUACGGUGGGUAUAAUAGAUAUGGGUGGCGCAUCGGUACAAAUUGCUGUUGAGUUAAAUUUAACAAGUGGCACUGGUGAAUCUGUGGAAAGCGUCAACUUAAGCUGCAAUGAUAAUGAACAGGCAUACAGUUACCGACUCUUUGUGACAACAUUUCUUGGCUAUGGCGUGAAUGAAGCUCUUCGGAAAUAUGAACAAAAAUUAAGCAACGACUUGGCUGUGGAAAAUACUAACAAGUCUUUUGUACGAGAUCCGUGCUUGCCAGUCAAUUUGCUCAAAACAGUCAAAAAUGAAGAUGGUUCACAAUUUAGUCGAAAGGGUAUAGGGGAUUGGGAUACUUGUAUAAAGAAUCUGGCGUCUUUAUUAACGGCAACAGUGGCGAAUCCGAAAUGUCAGAUAGAGAAAUGUUUAUUUGGACUAGUUCGUUCCCCUUCGAUUUCGCUAUCAGAAAUUGAACUAUAUGGCUUCAGUGAGUAUUGGUUUUCACUGGAAAAUGUCUUAUUCAUGGGUGGACAAUAUGAUUUCAGUAAAACGGCAUCGAGAGCACGUCAAUUUUGUCAUAUGAAAUGGUCGACGAUACAAACACAGUAUCGGAAUAAUGUCUAUCCAAAAGCGGAUGAAGAUCGACUGCGAUCACAGUGUUUUAAAUCAGCUUGGAUAACAGCUGUUCUUCAUGAGGGCUUUUUGAUUAGUAAAACUUACAAUCGUUUCCGAUCUGUUCUUGAUGUCAAUGGACAAGAAGCACACUGGGCAUUAGGAGCUUUAUUAUAUCAUAUGAGAUAUUUUCCACUUAGUGGAACUACGCAUAAACCGCAACAUCCUAAUUAUCAAAUAGCUGGUCGCCGAAUCCCCGCAUACUGGAUUAUAUCUCUAGUUUUACUUGUUGUUAUUGCAUUAUGGGUGUUAUAUAAGGCUGGUAAGAAGCGAACCCUGCUGCGACGCGACCCAUCCAUGUGGGGAUACAUGACAUUAUUGUUAUCGCAGGAUCAGCUUUACAUACAGCCUUAG